CUUACUCAUCUUUCUCCAUUAAACUUAAUCAAAGAUGAAGUUCUCUGUUUCUUCUUCUUCUACUACUACUUUUUUCACUUGGACAAUCUUAAUAGCAUUGGGAUGUCUUACGCUUCGUGCGUCUAUGUCCGAUGCUCAACUUACUCCUACCUUUUAUGACACUUCAUGUCCUAACGUCACCAACAUCGUAAGAGAUACCAUUGUCAACGAGUUAAGGUCAGACCCUCGUAUCGCCGCGAGCAUCCUUCGUCUUCACUUCCACGACUGCUUUGUUAACGGUUGUGACGCAUCGAUCUUGUUAGACAACACAACAUCCUUCCGAACAGAGAAAGAUGCGGGUGGAAAUGCAAAUUCGGCUAGAGGAUUUCCAGUGAUCGAUAGAAUGAAAGCCGCAAUAGAGAGGGCUUGCCCGAGAACUGUUUCAUGCGCUGAUACGCUAACCAUCGCUGCUCAACAAUCUGUCACUUUGGCAGGAGGUCCUUCAUGGAGAGUUCCAUUGGGGAGAAGAGACAGCUUACAAGCAUUUUUGCAACUCGCUAAUGCGAAUCUUCCUGGUCCAUCCUCCACACUUCUACGACUUAAAGAUAGAUUUAGAAACGUUGGUCUCGACCGUCCUUCUGAUCUCGUUGCUCUAUCCGGUGCCCACACAUUUGGUAAAAACCAAUGCCGGUUUAUUAUAAACAGACUAUACAACUUUAACAGUACUGGUUUACCCGACCCUACUCUCAACACUACUUACCUCCAAACCCUUCGUGGACUAUGUCCCCAAAAUGGUAAUCUAAGUGCCUUGGUGGAUUUUGACCUGCGCACGCCCACGGUUUUCGACAACAAAUACUACGUAAAUCUUGGUGAGAGAAAAGGUCUUAUCCAGAGCGACCAAGAGCUGUUCUCUAGCCCAAAUGCCACGGACACAAUCCCUUUGGUGAGAUCAUAUGCUAGUAGCACACAAACCUUCUUCAAUGCGUUUGUGGAGGCCAUGAAUAGGAUGGGAAAUAUCACACCUCUUACUGGAACUCAAGGACAAAUCAGGUUGAAUUGUAGGGUGGUGAAUUCCAACUCUCUACUCCAAGAUGUUGUGGAAAUUGUUGACUUUGUUAGCUCCAUGUGAGAAUUGUUUACUAAAUAUGUAUGUGGCUAUAAGAAUGCGUGUUAAUGAAUAAAACUCUCAAGAUGUUACUUGAGGUUAUGUAAUUUAAAUCUCUCUUUUUCUAGUUUUUUUCCUAAAACAUAGUAUAUACUAAAUGUUCCCA